GAACCCCCCCUUUUUCAUACGAGGUAGUUUCAUAGUUACUUACCAGGUAGGUACCUAAGAUAUACUGCCAACAAUCGCAAUGGCAUCUUCUCAGUCUUCUCCCUCUUACAUCAUCGUCGGGGCCGGUGUCUUCGGCACCUCGACCGCACUACACCUAGCCACCAAAUUUCCAAACUCAUCCGUAACUCUCAUCGACCGCGACGCGCACACAGCGCAGCGCCGCGUCGCCGCAUCUUGGGACUGGAAUAAAGUCGUGCGUGCCGAUUACCGGGACCCGGUGUACUGCCGGCUCGCGCUCGAAGCGCAGGACGUCUGGCGCGCGGACCCGCUAUGGCGCCCGUUCUACCGCGAGACGGGCAUCUACUGGAUUAGUCGCACGGGGUUCGCACGCCAGGCCCUGGAUAACUAUGCGCGGCUGGGACGGGCUACGGAUGGUAUGCGUGUUGUGCCGGUGGAGGAGGCGAAGGGGUUGUAUAGGGGGGUUUUCGACGGGGCGGAUUAUACGGGAGUGGAAAAUGUGCUGGUUAAUGAGACGAGCGGGUGGGCGGAUGCUAAGGGGGCGCUGCGGGCUGUGGCGGAGAGAGCGGUUGAGAAGGGUGUUAGGGUUGUUGCGGCUGAGAUUGGGGAGUUGGUGUUUGGAGGGGAUGGAGAGUGUGUUGGGGUUUUGACUAAGGGUGGAGAGAGAUAUACAGCUACAUAUACGAUAUUGUCGACUGGCGCUUUUACACCGAAGUUAUUGGAUGGAGUGGCUGAGAAGACCGGGCGAGAUGAGUUCCUCGCUGGGGACAGGAUGAUCGCGGCGGGAGUAACGACUGGGCUAGCGCAGCUUGAUGAUAGUACGGCGGAGGAAUUCUCGGGGAUGCCGGUUAGUAUUCAGGAGAAUGAUCCCGAGAGAGGUGCAAGUAAUGGCGCCUUACCACUGACAGAAGACAAAAAACUGAAGUGGUGGGGUCAGUGCAUAUUCAAGAAUACACAGACGAUGCCCUCUGGUCGUCAAAUCUCUGCGCCGCCGGCCUCUACGGACUACUCACAGUGGACGGUUCCGGAUACUUUGGUGCGAGACGUCGAAUUUGCCAGCAGAGCUACCUUCGGGAAGCGCGGAGAGACGUGGAAGAUUUCGGAACAUCGCAUAUGCUGGGAUGCGGUUACACCCAGCGAAGAUUUUAUCAUAUCGCCGCAUCCAGCUUCUAAGGGACUCUACGUCGCGACCUGUGGCUCGUUUCACGGGUGGAAGUUCUUCCCCAUCAUCGGCGAGUAUGUUACGAGGAUGUUAGACGGAUCCCUAGAAUCAGAGCUGCGGCAGCGUUGGGCGUGGAAUCGUGAGCGCCCGGAUUCAACGGGGAAUAAAGUCUGGCCUGUGAAAGAGUUGAGGGAUCUUUAAUAUUAUCGAGAUGCCUCGGACCGCGAUUUAUGUGAUAUACGAUAUAUCAAUUAGUUGAAAGUCGCACAAUGCGACACACAUCUCUAU